AUGGCUUCAAAGGCACAGUUCCAUGUAUUGGCUGUUGAUGACAGUCCUAUUGAUAGAAUGGUGAUUGUGAGGCUCCUAAAAACCUCUUCCAUUCAUGUUACUGCAGUGGACUCUGCCAUUGAGGCUUUAAAAUUUCUAGGUUUGGGGAGGACUCUUGACUCUUCUGUUGCUUCAGACAUUCAUCAGGGUGUUGAUGUAAACCUGAUCAUAACAGAUUACAGUAUGCCACAAAUGACGGGCUAUGAUCUGAUGAGAAAAAUCAAGGAAUUUAAAAAAGACAUACCAAUUGUGAUUAUGUCCUCAGAGGAUAUUCCAUCAAGGAUUAAAAGUUGCUUGGAAGAGGGAGCUGAAGAAUUCUUUCUGAAACCAGUUCAACAGUCACAUGUAAAUAAGCUCAAGUCUUAUUUGUCGAAAUCAAGACUCAAGGAUGAACAAGACCAACUCAUCGACAACAGUUAG